AUGAAGCACCGAGAAGAUGAUUGUGUGGCGGGACUGUCUACGCUCAGAGGACUUGAUCCUUUCGAUGCUCUCCUGAUCCCCGAAUUCCUGAGGAUCCUGGCGACCGUAAUGCUCGAUGAAGAGACAGAGGUUGAAACGAAGGGUAGCGGCAGUGUCCUCGCUCCGUGGAAGACGCUAUCGCACCAAACAGGUAUCAAUGCCGUCUUGUACUAUACACCUCAGAUCUUCGGAAGUUUCGGCUUCAGCUCAGUUACCACCAACCUGCUCGCCACCGGUGUGACCGGCAUCCUGCAAAUCCUCUUUACGCUACCAUCCGUGUUAUUCCUCGACAACUCUGCCCGCAAGACGUUCUUGAUUGUCGGGGCGAUGGGCAUGGCCAUCGAAGUAACGACCCUCGAGCUCGUUAGAGGCUGCGUUCUGCUGGCGUUUUACAGCAUUAACACUGGAAAAGCUGUACCCGAAGCGUUUCUGGUGAGCGUCUCUGUCUGCUUCGAGUAUGAUCUCGGGCCCAACGAGAUCGACGAGAUGGACGGAAGCUUCUCGGAUGCGGAAGAAGACCAGAAUGCAUGGAUCGACAAAUAA